CCCGCAGGUGAGCAGCAGCCCGAGCCCGGCCUCUCCCAGCCCGCCGCAUCCCCCUCCCUCCUUCCCAUCGAGCGACCCGGCGGCGAGGGGAGAUCGUGGGGGGCCACCGGGGCGAGAAGGCACCUCAAGGCGGUGGCGGCGGCAGCGACAGCAAGUCACUAAGUCAGACUGCACCAUUUUCUUCUCACCCUGCGUAAAGGCGAUGUGAGGAGCUGACGGGAGCUGCCCCCUCCCCCUGCUGCCGGUGAUGCUGAAGAAGCCGGAGCCUUCCUCCCAGCCACAAGACGCAGCCUCUCCGGAGGAAUCCCGAAAGACCUUCCCACUUCGGUGAUGGGUGUUUAAAGGCCGGUUUUUUCGUUUCCUUCUCCUCUUUUUUUUUUUUUCAUUUCUUUUUUUAUCCUCCCCGGCUAAGCCUGAAGCCCGCCUUCUCCUGCAGCCGCAGCCACGCUGAAGGGCUUUCAGGCUGCUGGGAGGUAAUUCCAGCUGCUCCCUGGCCGUGUGCGUGUGGCUGCGGGCACUUUGGCACGUCUUGUUGUGUGGACGUGGCUCCCAUCCUCCCGAGCCAUGGGUGCUGCAGAGACUGGAGCGGAGCCCUGACCUUUCCUGGGGUGCCGGAGGAGGAAGAGUGGAUUACGCCGUGAAGUUCUGGCUCGCAGCCAGUGCCCUUGCGGGGAAAAAAAAAAAAAAAAAAAAUUAAAUCACCUGGGUGUCUGCGUGUGGUGGGAACGGCUUCCUUGGAGCUGGGGUUUGCCUCGCCAAAAUGGCUCACGCAGCCGCUUCCAUUAAAAAAGUUCGAGAAUCUGAACUCGAAGAGAGGGAGAGAAACCUUGAGAAGGAAAGGAAAAGGCAGCGGAAAAUCUCUAGGGCUGAUCGGAAACGCAAGUCUGACAGCAAUGCAAGCUUCCUCCGAGCUGCCCGAGCUGGCAAUCUGGACAAAGUAGUGGAAUACCUGAAAAGUGGAAUAGACAUCAACACCUGUAAUCAGAAUGGACUCAAUGCUCUGCACCUGGCAGCCAAAGAAGGCCAUGUGGGACUGGUACAGGAACUGCUGGAGAGAGGCUCGGCCGUGGAUUCUGCCACGAAGAAAGGGAAUACAGCCCUGCACAUUGCAUCCUUAGCAGGACAAACUGAAGUUGUCAAAGUUCUGGUGAAGGAAGGAGCCAAUAUUAAUGCACAGUCUCAGAAUGGCUUUACUCCUUUGUACAUGGCAGCUCAGGAGAACCACAUUGAGGUGGUGAAGUAUCUCCUGGAAAAUGGAGCCAACCAAAGCACAGCCACUGAGGACGGCUUCACUCCUCUGGCUGUGGCACUGCAGCAGGGGCACAACCAGGCGGUGGCCAUCCUGCUGGAGAACGACACCAAGGGCAAGGUGAGGCUGCCAGCCCUGCACAUCGCCGCCAGGAAGGACGACACCAAGUCGGCGGCGCUGCUGCUGCAGAACGACCACAACGCCGACGUGCAGUCCAAGAUGAUGGUGAAUAGGACGACUGAGAGUGGCUUUACACCUUUGCACAUCGCCGCACACUACGGGAACGUCAACGUGGCCACGCUGCUGCUCAACCGAGGAGCUGCAGUCGACUUCACAGCAAGGAAUGGAAUCACCCCCCUGCAUGUGGCUUCCAAAAGGGGAAACACAAACAUGGUGAAGCUCUUGUUGGAUCGCGGAGGGCAGAUCGAUGCCAAAACCAGGGAUGGACUCACCCCACUGCACUGUGCUGCAAGGAGCGGACAUGACCAGGUUGUGGAGCUGCUCCUGGAGCGAGGGGCCCCUCUGCUCGCACGGACCAAGAAUGGACUGUCUCCCCUGCACAUGGCAGCCCAGGGGGACCACGUGGAGUGUGUCAAACACCUGCUGCAGCACAAGGCCCCCGUGGACGACGUGACGCUGGAUUACCUGACCGCCCUCCACGUGGCCGCGCACUGCGGCCACUACCGCGUCACCAAACUGCUCCUGGACAAGAGAGCCAACCCCAACGCCCGUGCCCUGAAUGGUUUUACUCCACUGCACAUUGCCUGCAAGAAAAAUCGCAUCAAAGUCAUGGAACUCCUGGUGAAAUAUGGGGCUUCAAUCCAGGCUAUAACAGAGUCGGGCCUCACACCAAUACACGUGGCUGCUUUUAUGGGCCACUUGAACAUAGUCCUCCUUCUGCUGCAGAACGGAGCCUCUCCCGAUGUCACUAACAUUCGUGGAGAGACUGCGCUGCACAUGGCGGCACGUGCCGGGCAGGUGGAAGUGGUUCGCUGCCUCCUGAGGAACGGGGCCCUGGUUGAUGCCCGAGCCAGGGAAGAACAGACCCCGCUGCACAUCGCCUCUCGCCUGGGUAAGACGGAGAUCGUGCAGCUGCUGCUGCAGCACAUGGCCCACCCCGACGCCGCCACCACCAACGGGUACACGCCCCUGCACAUCUCCGCCAGGGAGGGCCAGGUCGACGUCGCCUCCGUGCUCCUCGAGGCAGGCGCCUCCCACUCCAUGUCCACCAAAAAGGGAUUCACACCGUUGCAUGUGGCAGCCAAAUACGGGAGCCUGGAAGUGGCAAAGCUCCUGCUGCAGCGUCGUGCCUGUCCCGAUUCCGCUGGCAAGAACGGGCUGACGCCGCUGCACGUGGCCGCGCACUACGACAACCAGAAGGUGGCGCUGCUGCUGCUGGAGAAGGGCGCGUCGCCCCACGCCACCGCCAAGAAUGGAUACACCCCACUGCAUAUUGCUGCCAAGAAAAACCAGAUGCAGAUAGCCACCACUCUGCUGAACUAUGGGGCCGAGACCAACAUUUUGACCAAGCAGGGAGUCACCCCGCUACAUUUGGCCUCCCAAGAAGGUCACGCUGACAUGGCGACCUUGCUCUUGGAGAAAGGAUCCAACAUCCAUGUGGCAACAAAGGCUGGACUGACGUCCUUACACCUUGCAGCUCAAGAGGAUAAAGUGAAUGUAGCUGAAAUACUCACCAAGCAUGGUGCAAACCAGGAUGCUCAGACAAAGCUUGGUUACACACCUUUAAUUGUGGCCUGUCACUAUGGGAACAUCAAAAUGGUGAAUUUUCUCCUCAAGCACGGAGCAAAUGUCAACGCUAAAACAAAGAACGGGUACACCCCUCUUCACCAAGCUGCUCAGCAAGGCCACACUCACAUCAUCAAUGUCCUGCUCCAGCACGGGGCCAAGCCCAACGCCAUCACCACGAAUGGUAACACUGCCUUAGCCAUCGCCAGGCGCCUGGGAUACAUCUCAGUGGUGGACACGCUGAAGGUUGUCACGGAGGAGAUCACCACCACCACAACUACUGUGACAGAGAAGCACAAGCUGAAUGUACCUGAGACCAUGACUGAGGUGCUGGAUGUGUCGGAUGAAGAAGGUGAUGACACAAUGACAGGAGAUGGGGGAGAGUACCUUAGGCCAGAAGACCUCCGAGAACUAGGGGAUGACUCCUUGCCAAGCAGCCAGUUCUUGGAUGGUAUGAACUACCUGAGGUACAGCUUGGAAGGAGGACGAUCAGACAGCCUGCGGUCCUUCAGUUCAGACAGGUCCCACACCCUGAGCCACGCCUCCUACCUGCGGGACAGCGCCAUGAUCGAUGACACCGUGGUGAUCCCCAGCCAGCAGGUAACAACUCUUGCCAAAGAAGCUGAAAGGAAUUCCUAUCGCUUAAGCUGGGGCCCUGAAAACUUGGACAAUGUGGCUCUUUCUUCCAGCCCUAUUCACUCAGGCUGCAUGUCUGCAAAAAAGGAGGCUGGAUCCUUGCUAACAAGAUGCUCUUCUCCAUGUCUUGAUCUUGACAACAGCAGCUUCCUAGUGAGCUUCAUGGUGGAUGCCCGCGGGGGUGCCAUGCGGGGCUGCAGGCACAACGGGCUGCGCAUCAUCAUCCCCCCGCGCAAGUGCACGGCCCCGACGCGCGUGACGUGCCGCCUGGUGAAGCGCCACCGGCUGGCCACCAUGCCCCCCAUGGUGGAAGGGGAAGGGCUGGCCAGCCGCCUCAUCGAAGUGGGACCUUCUGGGGCGCAGUUCCUUGGUAAACUUCAUCUGCCUACGGCUCCUCCCCCACUUAAUGAGGGAGAAAGCUUGGUCAGCCGAAUCCUUCAGCUGGGGCCUCCUGGGACCAAAUUCCUUGGGCCUGUGAUUGUGGAGAUCCCCCACUUCGCUGCUCUGCGUGGGAAGGAGAGGGAGCUGGUGAUCCUGCGCAGCGAGAACGGGGACAGCUGGAAGGAGCAUUUCUGUGAAUACACUGAGGAUGAGCUGAAUGAAAUCCUCAAUGGGAUGGAUGAAGUACUUGACACUCCAGAGGAGCUGGAGAAGAAGCGGAUCUGCCGCAUCAUCACCCGGGAUUUCCCUCAGUACUUCGCGGUGGUGUCCCGGAUCAAGCAGGACAGCAACCUCAUCGGGCCCGAGGGAGGGGUGCUGAGCAGCACUGUGGUGCCACAAGUGCAGGCAGUCUUCCCAGAAGGGGCUCUAACCAAACGCAUCCGCGUUGGCCUCCAGGCUCAACCCAUGCACACUGAACUGACGAAGAAGAUUUUAGGCAACAAGGCUACCUUCAGCCCCAUAGUCACGCUGGAGCCCCGGCGGAGGAAGUUCCAUAAACCCAUCACCAUGACCAUCCCCGUCCCCAAGGCCUCCAGCGACGGGCUCAUGAAUGGCUAUGGGGGCGACACGCCCACCCUGAGGUUACUAUGCAGCAUCACAGGAGGAACCACCCCUGCCCAGUGGGAAGACAUCACUGGGACAACACCACUGACAUUUGUUAAUGAAUGUGUUUCCUUCACAACAAAUGUGUCUGCCAGAUUUUGGUUGAUAGACUGUCGACAGACACAAGAAUCUGUUACUUUUGCUUCCCAAGUGUACAGAGAGAUUAUCUGUGUCCCCUACAUGGCCAAAUUUGUGGUGUUUGCCAAAUCCCACGAUCCCAUCGAAGCACGGUUAAGGUGUUUCUGCAUGACGGACGACAAGGUGGAUAAAACUCUAGAGCAACAAGAAAACUUUGCUGAAGUUGCCAGAAGCAGGGACGUAGAGGUAUUAGAAGGAAAACCCAUCUAUGUUGACUGCUUUGGCAAUUUGGUGCCUCUCACAAAGAGUGGGCAACAUCAUAUAUUCAGCUUUUUUGCCUUCAAAGAGAAUAGACUUCCUCUGUUUGUUAAGGUGCGAGAUACCACUCAAGAACCCUGUGGACGAUUAUCUUUCAUGAAGGAGCCAAAAUCUACAAGAGGCCUCGUUCACCAAGCCAUAUGUAAUUUAAACAUCACUUUACCCAUUUACACAAAGGAAUCAGAUUCAGAUCAAGAACCAGAAGAGGUUGACAUGACAUCAGAAAAAAAUGACGAGACAGAGUCUACAGAAACAUCUAUCCUGAAAAGCCAUCUGGUUAAUGAAGUCCCUGUACUAGCCAGUCCAGACCUGUUGUCUGAAGUUUCAGAGAUGAAACAAGAUUUGAUCAAAAUGACUGCCAUCCUGACAACUGACCCUUCUGAUAAAUCAGGCUCCAUUAAAGUGAAAGAUCUUGGAAAAGCUGCUGAGGAAGAGCCAGGAGAGCCUUUCGAAAUAGUUGAAAGAGUGAAAGAGGACUUAGAAAAAGUAAAUGAAAUUCUGAGAGGGGGAUCCUAUACCAGAGAAGAACAUGUUUUGCACGAGUCCAUUUCCAAACAAGAGCCCGUAGAAGAAGAAUGGAUCAUUGUCAGCGAUGAGGAAAUUGAAGAGGCCAGAAGAAAUGCUCCCUCAGAAGUCAUGGAGUCGACCGGUGUAGAUGUCAGGGUAGACAAAGGGACAGCAAAAAAGGGGGAGCGAGACACAAAAGGAAAGGGAAAGGAUGUAAAACCACACGUUUCUCCUCAUGAGGUACGGCCACAAGCCUUACAAGAGGACGUAGCAGAAGAGAAGGUUGAAGCUGUAGUAAUAAGCAGGGAUUCUGAAAAAGGAGGAAAAGAAUCUCCAAAAAGUGGAAAGGAGCAACAGAAGGCGGCCUCAGAAGUUAAAAAACCUGUUAGGACAAAAUUAAAAGAGAAGCCAAAGCCAAAGGAAGGCAAGGCACAGAGCAGCGGAGAAAAACUGAGACUACCAAAGCUCACUGCAGACGAGUCGCAGGGCGGGGAACCCGGCCUAAAGGUGACAGCUGCUCCGGAGGCUAAAGCCGUGUCCCCUGUUAUAGAGGACACUCCCAUUGGCUCCAUAAAAGAUAAAGUGAAAGCUCUUCAGAAACGAGUGGAAGACGAGCAAAAAGUACGGUCCAAACUACCUGUCAGAGUUCAAGCAAAAGAAAGCCCUGCCGAGAAGGCACCUAAGAAACCAGCACAAGUCAAAAAACCGGUAGCACACAAAGCCCAACCGCCCGUCUCGCCUUCUUCUAAGACUGAGAGACUCGAAGAGACCAUGUCAGUUCGUGAGCUGAUGAAAGCCUUCCAGUCAGGGCAGGACCCAUCCAAGAAUGUGUCUGGCCUGUUUGAGCACAAGUCCAUCAAACAGAAGCAACAGGCCCCCGAGAAGGAAACAACGCGGAGGAAAACAACUCCUUCACAGAGCGAAGCGAGGCGAGUAACAAGCCUCAAGACAGACAAACAGAAGGACAAACCAAGCCCGGUAUCAAAGGCAGAGAAAGAGCCACAACCCAAAAAAGGAAAAACACCAGUUACUAGCACUGAAACCACCAAGAAAGCUGGUGGUAAAGACCAGGCGAAAGAGCAGAGCAGCAAAAAGCCAACGGAACCUCUCCCUCCUGUAGUAAUUGAUGUGAGUGCCAAAGAAACGACAUCUGGGAAGGGCAGGCCUUCUGAUGAUCAGGGAGAUCCUGACUUCCAGAUCAGCCCUGACAGGAAAACCUCAACGGACUUUUCUGACGUCAUUAAAGAAGAACUGGAGGAUAAUGACAAAUACCAGCAGUUCCGACACCUCUCAGUGACAGAGGAGGGAGAACUUAACUUGGAGCAAGUACUGACCAGUCCUUUCGGUGUUGCUUUUCCCACAGAGGAUGGGAAAGAUGGAUUCCUUCCUGCUCUUUCUCUGCAAAGUGGUGCUUUUGAUGGGAGCUCAGAGAGCCUUAAACACGAAGGUGUGGCUGACUCUCCUGGCAGUCUACUCGAUGGAACCCCUCAGAUCAGCUCUGAGGAAAGUUACAAACAUGAGGGUCUGGCAGAGACUCCAGAAACAAGCCCAGAAAGCCUUUCAUUCUCACCAAAGAAAACUGAUGGGCCAACUGAGGAAGCUAAAGGAGCGGCUAAAGCACAUACAACAGCUGAAACGUGCUCUCCAAAGGAAGUCUCCUCAAAGGAAGAUGAAAAAGGUAUUACUGAGAGGCAGCUAGAUGCUGUUACUGAGACUAGUAAGUCUCAUUCUGACCAUGUAUCAGAAGAGCGUGUACCUACAGCCUCUGAAGAAGAGGCUGAUAAAGGAAGUAGCUCAGCUUCCAUUAUGAAAGAUAUUAGCAGGGAUAAAGAAUCCAGAACCACUGCACAUUUCACUAAGUCUUCUGAAACACAUGACACUGCUUUAGAGAAAGAAAAAGCUAUAACCUGUGAACGCCGUGUUGCGGUUAGAAGUCCCCAGAAAUUGGAACUUUCACUUGCUAGCCAUGAUAGUGAAAGCUUUAGCCCAGUUGCAGAUGACUCUUUGACUAUAAGUCAUAAAGACUCCCUGGAAGGAAGCCCAGUGCUAGAAGAUAACUCAUCACACAAAACACCCGACUCUUUGGAGCCCAGUCCUAUGAAAGAGUCUCCCUGCCGUGAUUCCCUUGAAAGCAGCCCCGUAGAACCAACAGUGAAGGCUUGUAUUUUGGGGCAGGGUCCUCUGCAGCCAGUUCUUAGCAAAGGAGAAGGCUGCCCAGAGCUGGCAUCGGUGCGUUCCAGGAUUCUCCGUGACCCCGAGGGAAGUGCCGAUGAUGACAGUCUAGAGCAAACAUCGCUCAUGGAGAGUUCGGGGAAAAGUCCCGUUUCACCCGAGACUCCUAGUUCAGAAGAAAUUAGCUAUGAAAUCACACCUAAAACGGCAGACUUGCAGUCACUGUCAAACAUACCAAAGUCGGCCACGAUCCCUGAAGUCAACGAAGAGCCAGAGGAUGACUCAGAAAGCGAACCUAAGAAGAGAUUCACCCCCGAAGAGGAGAUGUUUAAAAUGGUGACCAAAAUCAAAAUGUUUGAUGAAUUGGAACAAGAAGCAAAGCAGAAGAGAGAUUACAAGAAGAAUCGUAAGCAGGAUGAAUCUUCUGUAGCUGCCAGUUCAGAAGCAACAUGUGAAACUGAAGCAUCAGAACCAAGGGCUGUAGUAGAAAAAGAUGUACCUACAGUAGUUACACCUGCAGCUGAAUCUAGGAAAAGCUCUUCCUCUUCAGAAAGCGAACCAGAAUUGACUCGGCUCAAAAAAGAAGCCGACUCAGGCCUCUUAAUGGAGCCUGUGAUCCGAGUGCAGCCACCCUCACCUUUACCAUGCAGUGUGGACUCCAGCUCCAGCCCCGACGAAGCAGGUUUCCAACCCAUUGAUUCCCAGCAAUGCUCUGUCGGGAUAGGUGCGGUUAAAGCAGAAGGCAAAGGUGACAAAGAGGAACCGCUUGUCCUUGGGCACAGCUGUAAGGUUUCUACAGGAGAGUCAGGCACUUGUCAUUCCGAUGGUUGUGCUGAAUCUAAAUGCUGUGGCGGGACAGGUGACUGUGAGGCAGUCAGUCCCGAUGCCCCAGUCACACAACCUGGGGGUGCUCUCUGUCACUCCGUUGAUGACAGUCCUCAAAAAGAAGUUCACACUGACUCUUCAUUAACACUCGAGCAAUACGAGGCUACUGAAAAAGAUGUCAAACCCACAGCAUCGUUAACACACAGAGAUCUCAUUUCUACAGGAGCUGUGUCAGAGAAGGCAGGUGGCCUUUCUUGUGGGCAUGGUACCACCCAGUACUCCGUACCACGAGAUGGCGAACUGGCUGAAGAUGAUACCACUGACCAUUCUGCUUUGGGAAGGGAUUUGGGAAAAGUAGAUGCAGGUUUUGAAACAUCUCAAAGAGAUAGUCCUGCUGAGGAACCCUUACCAGAGUAUUCAUCCCUUACCACUGAAACAGUGGAACUUGACAGUUGUGUAGCAGAUGCCACUGACAGUAGUGCUCCAUAUAUAGUGAGCCCUUAUGAAAAUGUGUCUUCUGGACAUUUCUUUAUUGACUCUGAAAGUGAGGUAGGAUCUGGCAGAAGUCCGCUCUCUAGGGAAACCUGUUCUGUUGCAGAAGGGAAAGAUCAGAUGGGUGAAACUUUACUUAGCAGAGACACAGGCAGUGAGUAUUGCUCUUCAGAGGAAGUGUAUAUGGAAAUAGAGCCCAAGCCAGAGGAUGGAUUUCGGACAGUGUCACAAGGGUCUUUGUCCUCAGAUUCCACACAAUUGGCUGAAUCUGCCCUUGAGGAUAUAAGAGAUGAAACGGAGAAAUUGAUGGGUCACGUUGUCAUCACUAGAACCGAUGUGGAUUCUGACAUGUGGAGCGAAAUACGUGAAGACGAUGAAGCUUUUGAAGCUCGGGUGAAGGAAGAGGAACAAAAGAUAUUUGGGUUGAUGGUAGACAGGCGAUCGCAAGGCACAACCCCUGACACGACACCGGCCAGGACACCCACCGAAGAAGGGACACCACUCAGUGAGCAAAAUCCUUUUCUUUUUCAGGAAGGCAAGUUGUUUGAGAUGACUAGAAGUGGAGCCAUUGACAUGACCAAAAGGAACUACCCAGAUGAAAGCUUCCACUUCUUCCAGGGUGGGCAGGAGCCUCAGGAAGAAGUUUCAUUAUCUGAAGAAGUGAAAGAAGCAGCAGAGGAGGAAUUUUCGAAGCUGGAGGGCUCACUGAACCCAUUUGCACCUUCAGAAUCAGAGGAGUCAGAUAUACCAGAAAAAGACACAGUGAAAUAUUCACCCCCAUCACCCGAGUCUAGUGAUAAAUCAGAAGAAAUGACAGGUGAAGGUGUCAGCACAGGCACCUCAAAAGCAGAUCUUAAAUCCAGAAUUCCAAUUAAAAUGGGUAUUUCAGCUUCUUCAAAAUCACCAAAGAAAGAAACUGCUGCCUCUGAAGCUGAGCCCCUCUCCAGAACAGAGACCGACACGGUUGAUAGCAGUCAGGUGCCUUGCCCCAUCUCUCCUGAGCAGUGUGCUGUAGAAGAUGAAUUAGUUUUUUCCAAAGUCACCAGAUCGGUUAGUUCUGAACAGGGCGAGGAGUCCCCGGACUCUUCCCCAGAGGAACAGAGAUCUGUGAUUGAAAUCCCCACUGCUCUAAUGGAGAGCGUGCCUUCUUGUGAAAGCAAAUCCAAAAUCCCUGUCCGAACAGCUGCCGCCGCAUCGCAGUCCUCGCAACAGUCAGAAAACGAGAGCCUUUCCCCGGACGACUUCCUAGACAGCUCGCAGUGUGAAGGAAAAGAUGAACAAGCAAAACCAAAGUCUAAAAUUCCCAUCAAAUCCGCUUCCCAAAAAGCUGAACCGCAAUACACUGGCACAGAUACGUCUGCCCGCAAGCCGGAGUCGCCCAAAGCUCUCGACGUGACGAGCACUGUACCUACGAAACAAGAUAACCGGAGUAAAUCGGAAUCUGACGCGAGUAGUCCCGUGGACCCAAAGGCUAAGCGUUCAAUCAAAGCUAGGAGUUAUGCUGAGGCAGAAGCAGAGACCAGAGAGAGGGAGAGCGAGAUGAAGUUUGAGCUAGACUCAGAUGAGGCAGCAACAGCAAGAUCGAAGGUAUUUUCAUCACGGUUGCCAGUUAAAAACAGAAGCACUACAGGCUCCCGCGGUGCUUUUAGUCCCACAAAAGAAAGUAAGGACCAUUUUUUUGAUCUUUACAAAAACUCCAUAGAGUUCUUUGAAGAAAUUAGUGAUGAAGCUUCUAAAUUAGUGGAAAGACUCACGCAGUCAGAGAGAGAACAAGAAUUAGUUUCAGAUGAUGAAAGCAGUAGCGCCCUAGAAGUUUCAGUUAUUGAAAAUGUGCCAUCCAGUGAGACUCAGCAGUCAGUUCCUGAAGACAUCUUUGACAUCAGACCCAUUUGGGAUGAGUCUGUAGAGACUCAGAUUGAACGUAUCCCUGACGAAAAUGUCCAUGACCAUGCUGAAGAUCAACAGGAUGAUCAGGAAAGGACAGAGGAAAGACUGGCCCACAUCGCUGAUCAUCUUGGAUUCAGCUGGACAGAGCUAGCAAGAGAACUGGAUUUCACAGAAGAGCAAAUUCACCAGAUCCGAAUUGAAAAUCCCAAUUCACUUCAAGACCAGAGCCACGCACUCCUCAAGUACUGGCUUGAAAGGGAUGGGAAACACGCAACAGAUACAAACCUUACCCAGUGUCUUACGAAAAUCAACCGGAUGGAUAUCGUUCACCUCAUGGAGACCAGCGGCAUUGACUCCAUGCAGGUCCACGGCACCCGCACCUACCCGGAGAUGGAACAGUCCAUAGGACUGGACCACAGCGAAGGGUUUUCUGCACUGCAAGAAGAAGUGUACAGCUCGAGACACAAGCAGGAACACCACAGAAUAUCAAAAGACAGUGAACCAACCGAACACCCUCCGCUCGUCUCCGAGGAAGAAGUGUCUGCCAGUUAUUCUCCUUUUCAGGACAGUACUCCCAGGAGUGAGGCAGAGGUAUCCAUGGCUGAGCUCCUGAGGCAAGCACAUAAGGAACAAGUAGAAACCGAAUUCUCAGGGAAACCCCAAGACGUGCCAGGAAAACCAUCUGCUUCACAACAUGAAUAUUUUGUCACAACUCCAGGAACAGAGCAGUCUGCGGCACCGGUAACUGGGAAAGCAGCAAGCACAGCCAAGGGAGAGGCAGAAAAACCAUCCUCACAGCCCCCAUCCUCUGCACAGAGAGGUGACUCUCCCAUCAUCCAGGAGCCUGAGGACCCCCAGCUCCACCGGGAUGACCCCUCUCCAAGGAGAACUAGUCUUGUGAUAGUGGAGUCAACCGAUGAGCAGACAGAGAAGUCUGGAAGGGGCUAUGAAGAGGAAUCUUUAGAAAAGGCUGAUAGUAUGCCUGACAUGCCACCAGAAACAGUCACAGAAGAGCAGUAUACAGAUGAACAUGGCCACACAGUGGUAAAGAAGGUCACUCGGAAGAUCAUCCAUCGGUACGUUUCUCCGGAUGGCACAGAAAAAGAGGAAGUCCUAGUGCAAGGAGAACCACAAGCACCUGUCACCGUUGAAGAAGGAGAUGGCUAUUCCAAAGUUGUGAAGCGGGUUGUGCUGAAGAGCGACAGCGAGCAGUCAGAGGUGACCCUGGCUGAGCCUACUGUCGUGCCUAGUGCCUCCAAAUUCCAGUCGGAGCCAGUGGAAGGCCGGAAGGUCAGCAAAGUCAUCAAGACCACCGUAGUGCACGGAGAGAGGACGGAGAAACACCUGGGGGAUGCCAGCUUAGCUUCCGAUCUGCCGUCAGCCAAAGAGGACUUCGAAGAGGACAACCCUAAGUAAAGCCAGCACUCAGAAGAGGACCGUGAUGAAGGAUCGGUGUGGCAAACACGUUCACAUAGAAGAGCUGGAAGACACCCCAGAAGCGCUCCCCAGGGAUGACCUCCAGCACGACCUCCAGCAGCUUCUUCGGCACUUCUGCCAAGAGGACUGGAAACAGGAGGCCAAGUGAGAAGCUGCCGCCCCCCCACAGCUCCACGUCACCCUCCGCCCUCUACGCUGCCGUCACCUCCCCUGGGGAGCUGACAGCAUGACCGACCCCAUCGCCCCAGUCACUGCCAUUUCUCCUCGUGCAGCUGCAGCGAGUUCAGUUCUCCCCCACCCUAAGCUCCAUCUUGUGUUUUUCUUCUUUUGUACCCUGUAAGCUAAUUUGUGACCAAAGAUAGCAUCCUUCGGGCAGGAUGAUUUCUCCCCCGCCGCGCCUCCUCCUUGUCGGCGCCGCCGCUUCUCACUGUCCCUUUGCUCCGGUGCUCCUCGAGCCGACUUCAUCCACAGGCCUCUUCCAGUGACUAUGUACAAGGGAGUGCACAUGUAAACUGUAAAUAGCCAGAGUAUUUGGACUUACAAGACUGCAGGAAAUACACUGCCCGUGGCUACUGUCGCCUGGUGAUGCUGUGGAACGGCGACGGAUCGCCCGGCGUUGUCCCCGUCGACUGCAAACACACACUGACCGAGGAGGAAGCGCCGCGGAGCUACCGAGCCCUAAGACUUACGGUUUAGGGAUCUCUUGUAGUUAAAGGCUCUAAGAGUCAGGCUAAAAACCUGGAAACCCAGCUGUUCACAUGAGUAACAGCUGCCUGUGGCCAUUAAUACUGUUAAGACCUUCUGAUAGCAGCUGAAAGAUUUCCAGGAGGAAAAUCCAAGAAAUAAUACACUGUUAGGUACCAGAGUUGCUCCCAGCUAUAGCUAUGGCACACCCCCAUGCAGUGUUACAGCCUAUUAGAUCCGGACCUGGGGCAGGGCGUAUUAAACAAUUCCAACUCCAGUAGUUUCCCGUUUCCAUCACCGCUUAGCCGACCUCACCGACAGACCGGUGGUACUUCCUGCUGGCCACUGCACUGUAGAUAACUGCGGGAAAAAAGACUUACCCACUAUACAGGGAGAAUAACUAACUCACCGUGUUUUAUCGAGAUUGCCUCUUAGCUGAGCCGUGCAUGUGGCAUUCCAAGGUCAGAACCAAACCCUCCUAGAACCAUGUCAGCUUCUCCGCCCUCUUAGCACUGAGCGAGCAGUUUUUAUCUUCCGAUCGAGUGUUUUUUAAAGAACAAGUGCUCACAAUCCUCGGCAGCCAGUUUCUGUUCAUAUUUUGUUAUGUAACUAUAUAUAAUAUAUAUAUUUCUAGACCGACCCUCUGAAAAACCACGAUAGCAUGUCUGCACUUUUAUUUUCCAAAAAGGGAACAUAGGGAUCUGAAGCUUUGGGUGUUCUAUACCUUAAUAUUUAAUGGAGGGAGCUCCGUAGGGUUUUAGCAUCACACACGUACACACAAACACACUAACUUAAUGUUUUUAAACAGCUGUUAAUUCUUUUUUUUUUAAUAGUAGAGUCGACACCAGAAUAAAACCAACCCUCUCCUCUAGGAGUAAUCCUUUGUCCAAGCUUAUCUGGCCUUCUGCAGUUCUAGGGUUCUUUGUUUUGUUGUUUAUUUUUUUAACGACUCACUCAGUGCUCAGAACAAGGGCACUUCCUCAUUAAGGUAAGGUAAUGAUGCCAAAAGCAUGGAAACAUCUCUGCAGUUCUGGCUUCCUGCGGGCAGAACCACCUGAGGUGCCGUGCUGACACUUUUUGGGCAGGCAAGAAAAGAAAAAAAUAAUAAUAAAAAAAAAGCUAAAAGAAAAAAAGUGUUUUGGCAGCCAAACCGAAUGAGACCCGUGAUGACACAUCUCACAGCGCAUCGUGGCUUCCCCGCCGUCCGAGACGGCGCGGGAGGGUCUUUGAGGAUGGGGCUCUCAAGAAAUGCAUUUCUGUUGUGUUAUUUGCGGUGCAGAUGAUGUUCUGUGUAACAACAUAAUGGUUAUUCACCUCUUAUUUUGAUUUUUUGCUGUGUUAUCGGAGAACUUGAAUACUGUGAGAAGAAGUGAAUUUUAAGUUGACGAAUCAGCAUCUUGUUCCCAUGGUGAUAACACUAAUUGAAUAUAUCUAUGAGGGCAUGUAUUAGUUAAAAAUUAAAAAGAUACAACACUAACAAUACAUAGCUGCAAUGUGUACAAUGGCUGAUUUAACUAAAUAAAAAUGUACAAGUGUUAAAUGUAGAAA